AUGAAAUAUCGCUCGUAUCCGAAAAAGAAAAAGAAGAAGAAGAAGAAGGAGUUGCCUAGAGAAAAGAUGGAACCAGGGCAAGUUGUGGCAAGUGACUCGUUUAGAUGGAAAGUUAUCAAAAUACUCGGUUCUGGAGGAUUCGGAGAUGUAUAUAAGGUUGUGAAGGAAAAUGAUGAAGAUAAAAAGGUAAUUUUUCGAGGAGCACACGGACAGAAUAUCAAAACUAUUGUGAUCGAAAGUUGA